AUGGCAGUUGGAAAAAAUAAAAGGACAUCAAAAGGAAAAAAAGGAGGAAAAAAAAAAGUUACUGAUGUUUUUACAAAAAAAGAAUGGUAUGAUUUAAAGGCUCCAAAAAUGUUUUUAGUGAGAAAUUUUGGUAAAACAUUAGUAACAAAAACUAUUGGAAAAAAAUUGGCAACUGAUAGUUUAAGAGGAAGAAUCUACGAAGUAAAUUUGGCUGAUUUAAAUAAUGAUGAAGAUCAAGCACAUAAAAAAAUAAAAUUAAGUUGUGAACAUAUUAUUAAUAGGGACUGUUAUACAGAUUUCUGCGGAUUAAGUAUAACAAGAGAUAAGCUAUGUUCAUUAAUUAGAAAAGGAUAUACCUUAAUAGAAGGAUUUACUGAUGUAAAGACUAUUGACAAUUACCACUUGAGAAUGUUUUGUAUUGCCUUUACGAAAAAAAGACAAAAUCAGACAAAAACAACAUGCUAUGCUCAAACAAGUCAAAUAAAAAAAAUUAGAAAAAAGAUGGUGGAUAUUAUGAAUGCUGAAGCUAGUAAGGUUUUAUUAAAAGAUUUAGUAAAAAAAUUCAUACCAGAAUCUAUAGGAAAAGAAAUUGAAAAACAAUGUAAGAAAAUAUUUCCAUUACAAAAUGUUUUAAUUAGAAAAGUUAAAAUUUUAAAAAGACCCAAAUUAGAUAUUUCUAAAUUGAUGGAAUUGCACACAGAACCAAAAGAAGAUUCAGGAAAAACUGUCAAAGCUUUACCUGAAUCAAAAGAAGCAACUAACAUUUUAACAGCUGAACUUAAGCAUUAA